UAGAGGUGAAAUAUCAUCUGGAGGAGCACCGCUUCGUCCCGUGCAUGAGGACCUUCACCAAGCCGCGAGACUCAAGUGACCAUCAACACAAGGCUGAGGACUUCAGGGCUAACAUGGUUUCUGGCUUUCAUGUAGAUCCUGCCAAGAAGCCGCUCCACACUCUGGCUCUGUAUGACCUUCUCUCAGACCUUGUCAAAGCUGAGAAGGACGUAGCGCUCCAAAUUAUGAGUUCUAAGAAAGAGGUUCAAGACAUUGUGGUCUGCCGGGAGCAGGAGGAGACAGACAUUCUUCUUCAUUUCUCACCGUGGACCACGACUGGCGCUGCCAAGGCCCGCAAUCUCAGAGAGGAAAUGGAACGUGUGGCAACAGAGGAACAGCGGUGGUUACAGGAGAAGGAAAAUGACUUCCUGGCUCCCUUUCUCAGCCGACUAUGUGACAUCGAAAUUGUGCGGGCUGAUGACGCAGAGCGUUUAUACAAUGAUAGUUUGACAGAAUUUAAGGAGCGUAUGGUCGCACAGGCACGACUUAUCCUGGAACGUCACGACCAGGCGACACAGGCGCUACAGAAAAUACAAGAACAUUAUCAGGAGGACCAACAGAACAUGAGCCACCAGGAGGAGAAGGAGUAUCAAGCCUGCUGCGCCCAGCACACCUCUCAGAUACACAUUGCCCAGAAACGACUCAGCAUGCACAAGAGAUCAGCAGCUCAGAGGUAUCGUGCACUGGACCAGAGGCUCAAACAAGACCCCAGGCUGGCCCCUUACCUACUCAGCAGAACACACACACAUAAUAUAUAAAUUAAUGCUGUGAUUGAUUAAUAGACUCAAGAAAAAUGAUGGAUGUUUUUGUGUUUGUUUUUAAUUCACAAGUCUAAAAAUUGUCUCCUGAGUGCCCCCUGGAAAAUAUAUCUCCUUACGAUAA